ACAGAACAGACCAGAGAAAUUCCCCGUCUCCGUCUGUGCACACACUCAUAGGGAAUGUUCCGGCAGUGUUUUCAUCACCUACUCGUGGAUUUUGCAUGAAGGAGCAAAGAUCAGGAUCUGCUGAAAGAGCGAUGUGUGUGUGCAGUGUGACCUGCUUGUGUAAUCCGGGCGUCGGAGCAGCCAUGGUUUGGGGUUUAGUUUGCGUGUGUGUUUGCGUGUUUCGGGCCGCCGGCUUCAUCUGGCGGCUGGUUUUCUGGGCCGUUGAGAGGAUGAGGUGCUGUCAGGAGUCUGUGCAGACCUGCUUCUACCUGCGCCACGUCUAUCAGAUGACGGAGGGACGCCUGUGUCAGGUGCAGCUGCUGGACGACAGAAAGCUGGAGAUGUUGGUUCAGCCCAAGCUGUUGUCUCGUGAACUCCUGGAUUUGGUCUCAUCGCAUUUCAACCUCAAAGAGAAGGAGUACUUUGGCUUCACCUAUGUGGACGACACUGGUCAGUGUAAAUGGUUACAGCUGGAGCGCAGAGUUCUGGAGCACGACUUCUGCAAGAAAUCAGGCCCCAUCGCCCUUCAGUUCCUGGUCAGGUUUUACAUAGAGAGCAUUUCACUUCUGAAGGAGCACACGACCGUGGAGCUGUUCUUUCUGAACGCCAAGUCAGCCAUCUAUAAUGGUGACAUUGAGGUGGAGAGUGAGCUGGUUUUUAAAUUAGCAGCUCAUGCAUUGCAGGAGUCUAAAGGAGACUAUACAAGUGAUGAAAACACCAGAGCAGACCUGAAGAAAUUUCCAGUGCUGCCCACUAAAGUGCUGAAGGAGCAUCCAUCCCUGGCAUACUGUGAGGAGCGAGUGAUGGAGCAGUACAGGCUGUUGAAGGGGCUCUCCAGAGGGCAGGCCAUAGUGCAGUAUAUGACUCUGGUCCAGUCACUGCCCACAUACGGAGUGCAUUAUUAUGAAGUCAAGGAUAAACAGGGUAUGCCGUGGUGGCUGGGCAUCAGUUAUAAAGGCAUUGGACAGUACGACCACCAGGAUAAAGUAAAACCCCGAAAGCUCUUCCAGUGGAAACAGCUGGAAAACCUGUAUUUCAGAGAGAAGAAGUUUGCUGUGGAAGUCAAUGACCCUCACAGGCGAGCAGUGACUAAGCGCACGUUUGGCCAGACGGGUCUGGUGAUCCACACUUGGUAUGCGACUCACUCACUGAUCAAAACCAUCUGGGUCAUGGCCAUCAGCCAGCACCAGUUCUACCUCAACAGAAAACAGAGCAAAGCAAAAAUCACCACAGCCAGAAGUCUAGGAGACAUCGCCAUGGAUCUGACGGAGAACGGAGCAUCCAAGAUGAACAAACUGAGCGCCGGAGUGAAGAACCAGCUCAUCAUGGCCAGCAACGGCAGUCUGGUUUCCACAGGUUCGGCUGAUUCAGAAAUGAACGACGAGCAGAAAAAAGAGAAGCUUGCGGAGCUGAGAAAGAAGGAGCGAGACAUUCAGGACAUACUGAGCCAAAAACUGACCGAGCUGAAAGAAAUAUGCCUGCGGGAAGCCGAGCUCACUGGCAAACUCCCGAAAGAGUAUCCGCUUAUUAAAGGAGAAACCCCUCCUCAUGUGCGCAGGAGAGUCGGGACGGCCUUUAAACUGGACGACCUUUUCCCAUAUAAUGAGGACCCGUAUCUCAGAAAUCUGGAGAGCCGCUUUGCAUUGCAGCAGAAAAUCGUGGAGGCGGCCAAGAAGCUGGCGGCGGAGCCUGACAUCUCCAAAUUAGUGCGGAAAAAAAGACGGAGGAACUGUCUGGACGCCAUGCAGAAACUGCAGGAGAGAGAUGAAAUGACCCAAUACAGGCUGAAGAAGGGACAAAAACCCACGCAGAGAGCCUCUGUGAUCAUCGCCGAUGAACUGGCUCAGUCCGGCAGCUCUCUGUGCGAUAGUCUUCCUCUCGAUGACGAUGAUGAAGGUCAGAGGCCGCGUUCUCGGUCAGUGCAGUGUUCGCCAUGUCUCAGUCCUCCUCUGUCCUCAUCUGGGCUGGAUUUCGACCAGAGACGAUCUUCAUCCAGCGACACACACCACGACAGAGCUCUGAACAGAUUAGAUCAUGAGGUCCAAGGGCCUGGACAUUAUUAUACCCCUCGAGAGGUUUUCUCUGCCCAGAGCAGUCCCUGCAAAACUUUAUCCAGAAUGCCGAAGGACCCUCGCAGUUUACCACAAACCCCAGUCCUGCCCCGUAAUGCCUAUAGCAGCAGCCAACUUCGGUCGGAAGGUCACAUCCGAGGUUUCCGGCAUCGCAGCGGCAGUUUGGAGUCUCAGUCACAACUUUUCCAUUCUCACUGUGCAAACAAGUCCGUCUUCCCGCUGUCUCCCUCCCGCCACAGCAACAGCACUGAGGUGUUGGACGACUGCUCCUCCUAUACCAGCAUGUCCAGCAUGGACUUCUGCCUCCCCUGCUCGGCCACUCCUCCUUACCGCACCCUGGACUCACACUCCCACGACUACCGGCUCCACCGCAAAGUGGAGAUCUAUGGCAAUACAGGCAGCAUGCCUAACCUGGUCCCUCAAAACUCCAGUUGCUACCAGCAGAACCACUACGGACCAACUGCUUACUACGUCGGGUAUCCUGGCUUCGAUUAUGAGCCUUGUUCUAAUGGAGCUUAUGUUUACGAGAGCGAACUGGAGGGUCACUAUAACAUCAAUCCCACUUACCCUUCACAUGGCUACCAGGGCCGUGGUCGCAACAGGCAUUAUGGAACAGAGGGCUCAGAUAAUUUGUCACAGAAUCCAUACGCCACCGUGAGGCCCCCUAGAGGAAGGCAGGGACCCUUGAAUGAGGUGCUGACGAAGAACAUGUACAGGGCUUUGGUGGCAGAGCAUUUGAAGGGAUGGUACAACCGCAGCGCUGGGCACAAGGACCGGGCACCUAUCAGCUGUGUGUACACCUACAAGUAUGACCGCGGUUCCCAGCACAGCUUGGGCUACCAGACGCUGCCCGCACCCUUCAGCCACUCCAGUCGAACCAACUCCUUCUCCUCAGUGUCGUCGACUGCCAGCGGAGGAGGAAACUGGCAGAAUCAUUUAGCCGUGGGUCUGGCUGAUGGAGAACUGCCGGACGGUCCCUUGAGCGCUGGGGCUUAUAGUCCUGCAUACAGCCGCAGUCCAACACACAGCAGCCGGUUUCCAUCAGAAGGAGCGGCGUCUCACACUUCAGAGCCGCUGGAGGUGUUUGGAGCUGUGGCCAGCUGCUCCGACACAGAAAACUGAAGAGCACACUGGACAGUGCAAUCACAGAGC